AUGGCCUCCUCUACUAAAGAUCACAACGUAAGGGAUCCUGCCAGUUCUACUGACGGAACCGGUACAGACUCUCGCCAUAAUCCACAAAAUUCCUCUUUCACUAGUCAGAGUUGGGCAGACAUGGCUAAACAGCAGGAGCGUUCCUCUUUCAACAUCACUCCUACCAUCGACAGUGCGUUUGACGAAACCAACGUUCAAUCUUAUUUCACUCAACACCAAAUGUCAUUUAAUCCACAGCGCAAAAUCACCCUUGUUUGGAGCAACAUGGGUGUUGUUUGCAAGGAAUGCCACUCUGAUGAGCACAUCAAGGCUGACUGUCCUGUCGUUCGUGCACGCAAGAUCAAACUUCAAAGCUCCCCUGAGGCAUCCAAUGGCGCUGAUGGACACCAAAGACAGUUCAACAAGGAUAGAUCUCUCAAUCCGGGAUUCAGAAGUAGAUUGGGAAGGGCUAUUAAGAGUCCUGACCGACUCUAA